GCAGAGAGAAACACUGAUCUAACACACUACUGUACACCUCUCAGCUGACAACUCUAUUGUUACAAGGAUGCAGGCAGAGGAAUACAAUCGUAGAGGUAAGGAGAUGGUGGAUUACAUCACUAGGUACCUGACCACCAUCAGAGAGAGGAAGGUGACCCCAGGCCCAGAGGUGAAGCCUGGCUAUAUGAGAGAGCUGCUGCCAGACAGCGCCCCCACUGACCCGGAGGACUGGGACUGUAUCUUCAGGGACAUAGAGAAGGUCAUCAUGCCUGGGGUGGUCCACUGGCAGAGCCCCUACAUGCAUGCGUACUAUCCAGCCCUGACCUCCUGGCCCUCCAUGUUAGGAGACAUGUUGGCUGACGCCAUCAACAACAUCGGAUUCACCUGGGCCUCCAGCCCGGCGUGUACAGAGCUGGAGAUGAACGUGAUGGACUGGUUGUGUAAAGCUCUUGGUCUCCCCACCUUCUUCCUCCAUCACCACCCAGACAGCACCGGGGGAGGAAUACUGCAGAGCACAGUGAGUGAGAGUAGUCUGGUAGCUCUGCUAGCUGCCAGGAAGCACAGGAUCCAACAGCUGAAGAGGACAGAUCCAGCAGACAGAGACCUGGACGACUCAGUGGUCAACUCCAGACUGGUGGCCUACGCAUCCGACCAGGCUCACUCCUCAGUGGAGAAGGCAGGUCUGAUCUCCCUGGUGAAGAUCAGGUUCCUCCCUCCAGACGACCACUUCUCCCUGAGAGGAGACACUCUGAAACAGGCCAUCCAGGAGGACAGGAGGAGAGGACUGGUACCUGUCAUGCUGUGUGCCACUCUGGGGACCACAGGGGUGUGUGCCUUCGACGACCUGUCAGAGCUGGGACCAGUGUGUGCAGAGGAAGGUCUGUGGCUGCAUGUGGAUGCAGCGUACGCAGGCUCAGCGUUUCUCUGCCCUGAGCUGAGAGGACCUCUGGGGGGUAUAGAGUACGCUGACUCCUUCGCAUUCAACCCCUCCAAAUGGAUGAUGGUCCACUUCGACUGCACUGCCUUCUGGGUGAAGGACAAGUGCAAGCUCCAACAAACCUUCAGUGUCGACCCUGUCUACCUCAGACACGAAAACUCAGACCAAGCCACCGACUUCAUGCAUUGGCAGAUCCCCCUGAGUCGACGGUUCCGCUCUCUGAAGCUGUGGUUUGUGAUGCGCUGCUUCGGUCUGAAGAACCUUCAGGGACACAUCAGACACGGUGUAGAGAUGGCUAAGCUACUGGAGUCCCUGGUUAGAUGUGACCCUAACUUUGACAUGCCUGCUGAUAGACACCUUGGCUUGGUGGUCUUCUGUCUCAAGGAAGGGAAUGCUCUGACUCAGGAGUUGCUACGGCGACUGACGCGGUCCCGCACCAUGUACCUUGUCCCCGCCGACAUCGAUGGGAAACGCAUCAUCCGCUUCACCGUGACGUCACAGCUGACCACCUCAGAGGACAUCAUCAGGGACUGGGACAUCAUUCGCAAAAUGGCCACCGACCUUCUGGCCGAGGAGGCCGAAAAACAGGCGGUCAGUAAAAUGGAGGAGCAGCAGUCUUCAGUCAGAAAAACUGUUGAGAAGCUGUCAGAGACAAACAGUGAUUUGGGGAAUCACACAACAACAGCAGCAGAGGGCUUGGCUGCCUCUCUCAUGACUAGGAAACCAAAGGAGAUUGAAAAGGCCAUCAGUGACACAGAGGACGAACCACUGAAAACACCCAAAGAGUUGGAGACCGGCCAGACACAGACCAGCCCCAAGACAGGAUCCAAAGAGCUAGAGGCCGACCCGACACAGACCAGCCCCAAGACAGGAUCCAAAGAGCUAGAGGUCGGCCCAACACAGACCAGCCCCAAGACAGGAUCCAAAGUGCUAGAGGUCGGCCAGACACAGACCAGCCCCAAGACAGGAUCCAAAGAGCUAGAGGCCGACCCGACACAGGCCAGUCCCGAGACAGGAUCCAAAGAGCUAGAGGUUGGCCCGACACAGACCAGCCCCAAGACAGGACCCAGAGAGCUUGGGACCAGCCUGGCCCAGACCAGCCCCAAGACAGGACCCAGAGAGCUUGGGACCAGCCUGGCCCAGACCAGCCAGGACCCAGAGACAGGAGCCAGAGACGGCCCUGAGGAGAUCCCCUGUACUGCUGCCUUCAGAGUUCAGAGGGUCCAACCACAGCUCCGCUUGGACAGUGAUAAGACUGGAUUUAGACCACAACCACCAUUCUGGAUGGAUAAAGAAAAGUCUGGGUCUGAGAACAGGCCGAGGAGGACAGUACGCUCUCUGAGCUGCAGCAGUGAGCCCUUACCUGGCCCCAUUGGGCCCCUGUUUGGUCAUAACACUGACCCCCUUUCUAAGCCUCUCUCUAGCUCUGUCACGGACUCGCAGCCUGGACAUAAAGACCCAGACCUCAUCCACCCUCUAAAUGACACCCAUCUCAGACGUCUCUCUUCCAGUCCAAGCCCCUCAGGCCUCUUUCAGAUCCCAGAGUGGCCUUCUCCAACCAAUUCCAACCAGCUGGGAAAACGGGUCCUGAGGAAGCUCACCAAGUUCUACAGCUUGCCCAGUUUCUGCCACCUGUGGGUGCAGUGUGGGCGCUACCAGGUUUGCUGCCCUGUCAAGGGACUUCAGAUCGCCCCAAAGCUCAGAUCUCCCCAAAACCCUGGUCCUCCUCUGGGUGUAGGAGACUCCGCUGUUGGUCUUGUUCCUCUGUGACUCCAGUAGAUACCGCUAACUUUCCUGCUCUACUGUAGCCAAGGUUAGCUCCUGGGUCCUAUUCAUUAGGCACAACGUAGCAAAAUGUUUUGCAAUGGAAAAUGAAAAUGAAUGUACAAGACCACCUUGGUCCAAUCCAUUUUCUUCCAUUUGGUGCCUGAUGCAUACGACCCUGUAGUCUCCCUACCAAAUGUUUCCCACAAACACCUUUGUGGUUUCAGGGUGUAGAGAUGGCAGAGCUCUGAGGUCUUUAAUUUAUUUUAGAUUAUUUUUUACCAGAUAUUUAAAAAAAUAAGUGACACAGCCACACAUCUCAGAUAGAU